AGCCCAAGUUUAUUGCGGCUCCAAGUCUGCUUACGGCAGCUGGCUCCUGGGUGGGCACUAAUUUUUCCCCAAUUCAUCACCACCCUCUCCAGCGCGUCGCCGAUCCAACUCAGCUUCACAUCGAAACAUCGCCGUGUCCCCUCCCCGAUCCAACCAAGGGUGUCGACAGCACCCGCGAUCCCCUCGUCCCCUUCCUCGGAUUCGUGAGCGAGACGGUCUGAUCGGCGGCGGAGCAGCGCGAUGGCGGGGCAGAACCAACGCCUCAACGUGGUGCCGACGGUGACGAUGCUCGGGGUGAUGAAAGCCCGGCUCGUCGGCGCGACGCGCGGCCACGCGCUGCUGAAGAAGAAGUCGGACGCGCUCACGGUCCAGUUCCGCGCCAUCCUCAAGAAGAUCGUCGCCGCCAAGGAGUCCAUGGGCGACACCAUGCGCGCGUCCUCUUUCUCCCUCGCCGAGGCCAAGUACGUCGCCGGCGACGGCGUCCGCCACGUCGUCCUCCAGUCCGUCCGCGCCGCGUCCGUCCGCGUCCGCUCCCACCAGGAGAACGUGGCCGGGGUCAAGCUCCCCAAGUUCACGCACUUCGUCGACCCCGCCGCCGCGUCCGCGGGGCCGUCCAACGCGUCACCGAGCCUCACGGGACUCGCGCGCGGGGGGCAGCAGGUCGCCGCCUGCCGCGCCGCGCACGUCAAGGCCAUCGAGGUGCUCGUCGAGCUCGCCUCGCUCCAGACAUCUUUCCUCACGCUUGACGAGGCCAUCAAGACCACCAACCGCCGCGUCAACGCGCUCGAGAACGUCGUCAAGCCCAGGAUCGAGAACACCAUCACCUACAUCAAGGGGGAGCUUGACGAGCUCGAGCGCGAGGACUUCUUCAGGCUCAAGAAGAUCCAGGGCUACAAGAAGAGGGAGAUCGAGCGCCAGAUGGCCGCCUCCAAGCUAUUCGCGGAAGAGCAGCUCGCAGAGGAGGUCGCGCUCAAGAGGGGCAUUUCGGUGGGGGCCGCAACAAACCUGCUGGUUGCUGGUGGCGAGAAGGACGACGACAUCAUCUUCUGAUCAUCUCUUGGUCAUCCAAUCAUUCAAUCGUGGUGGAAAGAAUAAGUUGAUGCUGAAGCUCCAGAAUCGUAUCUGUUUAUAGAGUGGAGAUUUUUUUUAGUGAGUAAUCUGGAGUCUGGUCAUCCAAGAUCCUGAAUAAUCUGUACUUGAAAACCAAACAUUGCCAAGGAACUUUAGCACGGAGUGGUAUGUGCAACUGCUGUAGUAAAUUUAAUUGGACUGUAUUUUGCGUCAUGUUCGUUUUAGUUAUAUUUAUUCAAGAAAGGUGUGUGGGGAUUGCCGCACGACACCUACACUCUGAAGUUGCAAA